UAUUGUCUCUCGUGUCAAGCUGUCAGUUGCAUUUCAGUACCAAAGAAGGAGACUGGGUGGAAGUAAUCAGCUGACCGAUUUGAAGCUAAAAGAAGUUAAAAAAAACAAAUAAUAAAUACAUGUCAUAGAGUACUUGUUUCAAAUUUUCUCAUCUAAUAAAUAUAGGGCUCAUCCGGAGGAACAUACAGCAUGGCUUUAAUAACAGCCAACUGGAAUCCGCUGGGAGAAGCUUUUUACCGUAAAACAGAGCUCUAUGAGAUGACUUGGAACCUGAGAGAUGGAUUCAAGGACUGCUUGGUGGCGGCGGCACCUUAUGGUGGACCGAUAGCACUCCUCAGAGAACCUUUGAGACGUUCUCCAAGUUGUCGUCCUCAGUUGGAGAUUUAUUCUGCUUCUGGAGUUUCCACUGCCAGUUUCCCGUGGAAAAGCGGUCCUGUUAUUCAUUUGGGUUGGACAGUCUCAGAUGAGUUGUUAUGUAUUCAAGAAGAUGGUUCAGUUCUUAUUUAUGACCUGUUUGGCUCCUUCAAGAGGCACUUCAGCAUGGGACAGGAAGUGGUGCAGUCUCAGAUCUUGGAAGCCAAAGUUUUCCAUUCUCCCUAUGGGACUGGUAUUGCCAUAGUAACAGGCUCUUUUCGGUUCACCUUGGCAACCAAUAUCAGUGAAUUGAAGUUGAGGAGGUUACCCACUGUCCCAGGUCUACAGGCGCCGCCGUCCUCCUGGGUUGUCCUCACGCAAGAUCGCCAGACCAAAGUCUUGUUGGCCACUGGAUCUGAACUCUAUAUCCUUGACAAUACAUCCUGCACUUCUGUGUGUGCUCCAGGACUCAGUCCUCAGUCGGGUAACAUCAUCCAUAUGUCGGCGUCAUUCAGUUACAAAUAUCUUGCUCUCCUCACUGACACUGGACACCUAUGGACAGGCUUAUCCUCACUUCAGAGCAAGCUGAGCGAGGUCGACAGCAAAGUGGGGAUACCGCCAAAACAGAUGGUCUGGUGUCGCAGACCAAAAUCCCAGCAGCCGUCUGUGGUGAUCGUGUGGGACCACCUACUCCUAGUGGCCGGAGUGUGCAACGACAUAAUUCAAUUCCCACUAGAAAGUCAGUGUGUUUGCGUCGGUGAGAUGGAUGGCAUUCGGAUCAUCAGCUCAACCAAUCAGGAACUGCUGCAGGAGGUCCCUCUAGUCUGUCAGGACAUCUUCAAAAUCGCUUCGAUGGCACCCGGAGCACUGCUUCUGGAGGCUCACCGCGAGUAUGAGAAGUCCAGUCAAAAGGCUGAUGAGUACCUGCGGGAAAUCAAGGAGCAAGGCAUGCUUGGAGAGGCGGUCAGACAGUGUAUAGAGGCGGCAGGACACGAAUACGACUCCAACACACAGAAGGCCCUGCUCCGGGCGGCAUCCUUCGGAAAAUGUUUCCUGACUGACUUCAGUCCAGAGCACUUUGUGUCCACCUGUCGAGAGCUGCGCGUCUUGAAUGCUGUUCGAGAGUGCAGUGUGGGUCUGCCACUCACGCACACUCAAUUCAAACAGAUGACCCUGCAGGUGCUGAUUGACAGAUUGGUCUAUCGUCAAUUGUAUCAAUUGGCUAUAGAAAUCUGCCGUUACUUGAAGAUUCCAGAUUAUCAGGGGGUCAGCAGGGUUCUUAAGCACUGGGCUGCAUGUAAAGUACAGCAGAAGGAACUAUCGGAUGAGGCCAUAGCCAGAGCGGUGUGUCUGAAGGUGGGAGAUUCAUUGGGUGUGUCAUACUCACACAUUGCUGCUAAAGCCUAUGAAUGUGGACGUACAGAGCUUGCCAUCAAGUUGUUGGACUCAGAAGCUCGGUCUGGUGAGCAAGUUCCUCUUCUCCUGAAGAUGAAGAGGAGUCAGCUCGCGCUCAGUAAAGCUGUAGAGAGUGGAGACACUGACCUGGUUUACACAGUUGUUACUUACCUGAAGAACGAGAUGAACAGAGGAGAUUUCUUCAUGACUUUAAGAAACCAGCCUGUCGCUCUGAGUCUCUACAGACAAUUUUGUAAACUGCAGGAGCAAGAAACUCUGAGGGAUCUUUAUAACCAGGAUGAUGACCAUCAGGAGCUGGCCAACUAUUACGUCGCUGCCAGUUACAGAGAGAAGAGGUUAGACAGCCGCCUGUCGCACCUGCAGAGUGCCGUCGAUGAAUACAACAAAGCCAAAAAUGAGUUUUCUUCUAGGGCCACCGAAGAUGAGAUGCGUCUGCUCCGUUUCCAGAAGAAACUCGAUGACGAGAAGGGCGCUGGCCUUCUAGGCUCGUCACUCCAGACUACUAUGGAGACGCUGCUUAUGUUGGGACUUUACAAGCAGACGGAUCAACUUUACAGAGACUUCAAAGUACCAGACAAGAGGUAUUGGUGGUUGAAACUGAAGUCUUUGGCAGAAAAGGAGGAGUGGGAAGAGUUGGAGAAGUUCUCAAAGAGUAAGAAGUCCCCGAUAGGCUACCUGGCCUUUGUGGAAGUCUGCAUUAAGAGAAACAACAAAUACGAGGCCAAGAAGUACGUAUCCAGAGUGACGCCUGAGCAGAAGGUCAAAGCUCACCUGGCCGUCGGCGACCUCGAGGGGGCCGCAGAUGUGGCGAUCGAGCGCAGGAACGAAACAGAAAUAUCAACAAUCCUCUCAAGAUGCUCCAGCACGGAUCGGUUGUUGAUUGACAGAUUAAAUCGAGCCAAAUUAUCGACUGCCAAAAAGUGAUCUUAUGCACACACGCACUGCAAUUUUUAUCAGCUACAACUUUUGCAUGUAUAAUUUAUUUAAAUAAACUGUGAAAGCUUG